AUGGUGGACCUUUUAAGCAGCUCCUCAGGAAAUGUGGAAGGCUCUUUGGAUGGUUUUCGAAACUUGUCUACCUUCUCUCCUCCUGCUAGAUACAGUGCUGCAGUUCUGAGCAGUGCGGCUGCUGCAGUGUCUGCCAUCAUUUCUGCAAGAACCAGGCUCUCCGGUCCUGAAAUGUAUUGCUCUCUCCUUGGUGCUCUGUCUAAGACUGUAGCUUUCUCUUAUCUCCAGCCCCCCCAGAAAUCAGCUGGCUUUGUAGCCCUGAGAAAAACUAGCGAUAUUCAAGAGGCUUCUCACCCAGUGGCUCCACCUGUGGCCCUAACUCGGAGUGGGCCUGAGAGCUUGGAGAGUGCAGGCCCCAGCAGGCCAGGGCUGGCCAGCCUCAACGCAGCUGCUGUGUUCCAGCCUGUGGGCUCUCCCAGUGCGAUCAAGUCUCCAGGCUGGCGGCGGCCGGACCAAGCAGCACCUUCUACUGGAAGAAUGUCAAACAGUGCAGCUUCCUCGGGACCAGGGGCACCAGCAGGCUCAGUUGUAGGGCAGCCCCAGCCAAGUGACCAGGAUACUUUAGUGCAGAAAGCAGAGCACAUCCCAGUGGGAAAACGAACUCCAAUGUGUGCCCACUGCAACCAGAUCAUCAGGGGACCAUUUCUAGUGGCACUGGGGAAAUCGUGGCACCCAGAAGAGUUUAACUGCGCUCACUGCAAAAAUACGAUGCCCUACAUUGGAUUUGUAGAGGAAAAGGGGGCACUGUAUUGUGAGCUGUGCUAUGAGAAAUUCUUGGCUCCUGAAUGUGGCCAAUGCCAAAGGAAGAUCCUUGUAGAAGUCAUCAAUGCUUUGAAGCAAACUUGGUAUGUUUCCUGUUUUGUGUGUGUGGCCUGUGGAAAACCCAUUCGUAAUAAUGUUUUCCACUUAGAGGACGGUGAACCCUACUGUGAGACUGAUUAUUAUGCCCUUUUUGGCACUAUCUGCCAUGGAUGUGAAUUCCCCAUAGAAGCUGGAGACAUGUUUCUGGAAGCUCUAGGCUACACCUGGCACGACACUUGCUUUGUGUGCUCAGUGUGUUGUCAACGUGUCCCAGGGCAGAGCUACCUGUGGCUGGCAAGCACAAGGAAACAGCUCUGA